GCAGUUCGAUUGCAGGCUGCCGUCCCCUCUCAUUCCCCCGUCCGUCCGUUCUGUAGACGUAGUCUACCUGCUAAGAUAGGAGCGGGAAGAGGUAAGUUGGUCUGCUAGGAAUUUCAUCCAUCCACGUGAUGUAAAAAUGAGAAUGAGAUGGUCGAGGAGCCAGUCUCGUCCCACUCCCCCUUCCCCCCUCUCCCCAUUUUUUCUUUUCUUUUCUUUUUUCUUUUCCCGCUGUCAUCUUCGCAUACGCAAGCCCGCUGGGUCUUAAUCAUAUGGCGAUGCUUACGGGUGACGUAUGCACCAAUGUGUGCGCGUGGCAUAAGCCAUCUGUCAGUCUGUCAGUCUGCCCCGGUUUCAGAAGCGGGCGGGCGUAACCGUUUGCCCACUCAGGAACACACACACUCUCUCUCCCUCCCUCGACCCCCUUUUUUCUUCUCCCCGCGUGCCCGCGCCCCUCCCCGAGUUAGCAGGCCGCGAAGGGCCGCCGGAACCAGCGACUCUAGGCUACCCGUCCGUCGGCGACCAAGCCAGAGGAGGUCUCUCCAGAUUCGGCGGAGGCCACGAUGGCAUGUUGGGGCGGGCCGUGUAGGUAUAGCCUCCCGUCCCGUCUGCCCUCCUCGCUGGCCGGCCCGCGCCGUGCCCUAGCUAGGUAGGUAGGUUGGGUGGCUGGCUCCUGGGAGGCCCAGUGGGUGUUGUGGUUUCUCGGGCGCGGAGAGGCGGAUCGGGGUAGUACGUGUCUA